AUGGCCCAUGAUAUGGAGUGUCAUCGGGUGUCGGAGAUGCUUGGACAUCUUAGCUAUUCCACUACUAGUGCUGACCUUCAGUCCAUCCCUCGCAUGCCCGAGCCUUUUUGUAUUGACUUCGAUGACAGUGUUGUUAGUGAGGAUGAUGCAGAGCUCAAAAUAUUUUGCAAGUACCAGAAGAGUACUGAACUCUUGAUCAGGAAGCUUCCAUUCCAGAGGCUUGUUCGUGAGAUUGCACAGGACUUUAAGGCGUGCUAUUUGCUUAUCUUCUGUGGUGCUUGGUAUCAUUGGGGAUCUUGUUAUUAA